GGGCGCCAGCGGUUUAAACUUUCGGGAGGCGCGGGCGGAGAAGGAAACAAAGUUUUGAUGCGCGACGGAGCAACAUGAGGACACGUGCAAGUCCGGGGAAGUGAAGGGGGGGAAGAGGGACUGCUCCUGAAGUCAGAGAGGGUGGGGUGCAGGGGCACAGGAGAGAUUCAUCCCACCUCAGCUCGCUACCUUCCACUUGGGGAAGAAAUGGUCGGCGGCAAUGGGACUGUGCCUGGGAUCGGAGAGCAGCGCCGAGGAACGGCAGGCGCGGCUCCGCAGCGACAAGAUUGACCGCGCUCUCUAUGAAUAUGCCAAACAAGAGUUGAACGUGGUGAAAAUUUUGCUGCUAGGGGCGGCCGAAAGUGGGAAGAGCACCUUGGUAAAGCAGAUGAAGAUAAUUCACAGUCAUGGAUUUACUGAGCAGGAACUUACCAGUUUCAAGCCUGCCGUCCUAGACAAUCUCCUCAGUUCGAUGAAGUUCGUGCUACAAGGCAUGGGCAUCCUGCGGAUUAACCUGGCCAACCCCAAGAACACGAUCCACGCUCAGACGGUGCUGUCGUGUGGCCGGUGCUUCGACGAGGAUUCCGCCCUCCUCCCGUUCGUCGCUCACGCCCUCCGCUGCCUGUGGGCCGACCCGCACGUGAAGCUGGCGGCGUCUCGCGGUUACGAGUUUGAACUGAACGACUCAGCUCACUAUUUCUUCCUCAACAUGAACAGGAUCACUGCCCCCGAGUACAAGCCAACGCAGACGGACAUCCUGAGGGUCCGCCUGCGCACCAGCGGUGUGAUCGAAACCCAGUUCAAGAUCAGCAGCCUGCUCAUCCGGCUGUACGACGUUGGCGGACAGCGGACGGAGCGGAGGAAGUGGAUCAGCUGCUUCGAGGAUGUGAGGGCGGUGCUCUUUGUGGCAGCCUUGAGCGGAUACGACAUGUCGUUGCUGGAGGAGCCGUCUGUGAACCGGCUGCAGGAGAGUCUGAGGCUCUUUUCCUCCAUCUGCAAUAACAUCUUCUUCAGGAACACCUCCAUGAUUUUGUUCCUGAAUAAGAUUGAUUUGUUUCAAGAGAAGAUUCUGCACUCGGAGAGACACCUGCGACUGUAUUUCACACAAUACAGAGGUGCCAACUGCGAUGUGGAUUCAGCUGCCCGGUACAUCGCCAGUCAGUUCCUGUUGCUGAACCGGAACCCAGCCAAGCUGGUGUACCACCACUUCACCACGGCCACCGACACCUCCAACAUCCAGGUGGUCUUCCAGGUCGUGAUCGACACCAUCGUGAAGGAGAACCUGGAAGCCGUCUCCCUGCUGUGAUCCACAGGCUGGGGUGCGGGGUGGCCAAGAGGGUGGUGACCCCCCCGCCGGCACCACCGGACAAGGCAGGAGGUCAGAGGCCCCACCAUGAGAACGGUUCGCAGGACACACCGUGAAAAAGCCGUGGAGGAGAGACAGUGGGGCUUCAGUUACACUCCCACAGCUAUGAAGGAUAUUUAAAACCUGCACCCUCCCUCCAGGGAGGAGGCCCUGAGGCCUUGGUCCAGUCCCGGGAAAGUGAAUAUAUUUUUAAAUCCCUCUGUCGGCACCAUUUCUGCUUCCAGCCCCCGAGGAUCGGGGCAGGGAUGCAAGAUGCCAAGAGGGGAGGGCCCCUUGACUUUUUUGCGGGUUAACAGUCCCAGAUUCAGCCUGAGAGUAAAACGGACCCACCCACCAGGAUGCCGCACGAGAACCGGGCUUCUCUGAUCUGUACAAGCCCGGGGCAGCCAAUCCUGCUCGGGUGCAGCUGUCUCUCCAUCCCCGCCUCUCCUGGCUUCUGCGGGCUGUAGAUCGUUUUCUUCUUAAAAAGAAAACAGUUUUGUUAAAAAAUUUUCGAUGAAGCUUUGCAUUUUGAUGCGUUUUGUUGCCUUGAUGUUCCUUAAUGAGAAAGAAGUUGCACUGGUUCCACGUUGGGAAUAAAGCACAGUUGAAAGCCCCA